CUAUUGAUACAAACAAACAAUAUGUUAGAGAUGUAGUUAAGUGUGAAGAUGAUUGCUUGCUGGUUUCAUGUCUUACAAAUGAAAUAUUCAAGUACAAGCAAUCAGGAGAAUAUAUUGGUAAGGUUAUGCUACCGGAGGGUGUAGAGGUUUUCAAAAUGUUCAAGAUGAGGAGUGGUAACAUAGCAUUCAGUAACAAUCUGAAAUGCAUCAAAGUAUGCAAUAUGAAUGGUCAGGUGGUCAAAUCAAUUGGUCAGGGAGUAUUGAAGAAUCCAGCUGGUAUAUACGUAGAUGAAACAUCAAAUAUUGUGUAUGUAGCAGAUAUUGGUAAUUAUUCUGUGUUAAUGUUUGACAAUUGUAGUAGUCAGAUAAUAAGGAGGAUAUGGUCACUAGGCAAAGAAGGCAGUCAAAUGAAUGGAGUUUUUUAUGUUACUCUUACCAGUGAAGGACACCUUCUAGUAUUGGAAUGUACAAACAGCAGAUUACAAUUAUUUGAUAAUGAGGGAAGGUUCACGAAAAUCCUAGUUCAAGCAGGUGAUGAGAAUGGUAAGGUGAGGAAUCCAUAUGGAGUAGUAGUUGAUGAGGAUGACAACAUCAUUAUAUCAAGUAACCACAAACUACAGCUUUUUAGUAGUGAAGGAAAUUUCAUUAAAAGGAUUGAUAAACCAGAAGAUGGAAUCAACAAUCCAUGGGGAUUAUCCAUCAUUUCAUAUCAUCCAAGAAGAAUAGCAGUAACAAAUGACAAUACAGUAAAAAUAUUCAAUUACUAAUUAUUGAAAGUUCACUUUUAAAUGUAUAGAUAUACAGUGUAUAAAUACCAUUACACAUAAAGUUAAAAACCAUUCAAUUUUGAUAGUGAUUGUUUAUUGCAUUUUCCUCUAUCUCAAUCACACAUCCUAUUAAAUGAGUAACAUCAUUAAGUCAAACUCAUCACAUCCUCAAUGAUAUUUAUGAUUUA